CCCUGGGAUAAUUUCCUUCUCUGUAUAAACAUAAUCUCCUGAGCCCACGCAAUGCAGUGUCAGGACGCCUGCGUGGCCGUGGCGUGUGACACGGCCGACGCCUGCGCCGGCCCAGCGGUUUCGACUCUGGAGGAGGCAGCGUGGUCGGAGGCCCCAACGGCGCCCUUCUUCUCUGCGGAGCCCCUUGUCGAGCACUCAGGUUCAUUCACGGGUAAGACGCCCAUCAAUUUGUCGCCGCAGCUCGUUUGUUUGUUGGGCGGGGAUUUCUCGUUCAUGUGCACCGCGAGGAUGGACGGCGUCGGCCCGUGGAGCCGCAUCUUCGACUUCUCCCUUGACGCGGACGAGGACAGCAUCACAGCGGGGGCCAUCGAGUUUACUCAAGACUUUCACUUCACCGUCUUCCGGGGCAAGAAGCCAGUCAGCGUGCGCGUGAAUGGUUUGUUCAAGCUCGGGGAGGAGUUCACCGUGCUGUGCACCGUUUCGGCCGCUGGGCACAUGAAGGUGUUCAAGGACGGCGUGCUCGUGGGCGAGAAGACGGACGGGAUGGCACCGCUACACGUGGACAGACCGCGCAUGAUGGUCGGCGGCCACUACCUGUUCAAUGAUCAGUACUUCCGUGGUAGCUUGAGAGACGUGAAGGUUUGGAGCCGAGAGGUCCCCUGGGAGGCGCCGCCAGCGUCGAAGGUGCCAGGCGAGGACGCGGAGCUCUCGGACCCGGAGGCCGAGGCGCCUCUCUCGAGGGGCGGCGAAGGGCUUGCUCGGCAGCUCGGUGCAGGUGCCGCACCUGCAGAGGGCAGCGGGGGCGUUCCCCUUGCGACCGCCUGAGGGGACCCGUGUCUGGGCAUGAUCGUCCAAGCUCGUUGUGGGGAUUCUUGGACGUGGUCAGCCCUUUCGGCCAUCCUGACGCCCUGUCCGCAUAGGCCAGUGUCACACGUCUGAGCCACGUGGGGGAUGGUUUUGGGGAGGGAGGGAGGGGGGAUGCUCUCAGGAUGAAGCACGUUCCCGCACGUGCAUAUAGUAAGUACGCGCAUCAUUUACUUCUUUCCUUCAUAUUCUAUCUUAAGCUUGGAGAGACAUCGCUGGACAUUGGUCGGUUGAUGUUCAUUUCCGAUCUUCGGUAGCAGUGUACGCAAGAGAGCGAAUGUUACGUCGGCACACCUGCAUGGCGCCGCGUGAUUGCACCUGUCGCAGUGUGUUCUCACACUGUGGCCACACUGUGGCCACUGUAUGAAACUCUGUAUUAGUUGAGCUCUCGCGUGCAAAUGCGUGCAGUCCAAUCGAUUUGGAUUUGGGCGUCUUUUAAGUUGGUCUGUUGAGACACAUCUGGCAUCGCUGCAUUUGGUGACGUGCCUUCCUGUUGUAAUGCCUCGCGCUGUAAGCAACACACAA